UAAAUUCGCUUGUUAUUGGAGGACGACUCUUAUUUUGAAAAACAUAUCCGCCUUUUCUGCGGCCAUUUCAUGAUCUGCGACCAGCGGAAUGGUAACGUGAAGGAAAUGUUUUCAAUGGAACCGGAUGUGAAGGCAGGGAGUCGGUCUUUUCUUUCGGGACUUUAGGCAGAGAGUCACAGGUUAGAAUAAACUCUACCUCCCUAAUCUACAAUUCAACAGACUAGGAAUAAACAUCUCACCUGGUUCACUUGGUCUGAACUCUGCAAACGACCGACCGUAAACGAGUGUCUACAAUGAAUCAGGAAACACUCUCCCCCCUACCCCUCCCGGAGUCCCCGGGUUGUACCUCUCCUGGUAACACCUUACUGCUGGGUCUGAAGAGGUUGUCUGUGCUGCUGGUCGACUACAGGAAAACGCCGGAGCUAAGGGACAGUCCUAACCGUCACUCUCUCGGUAGAAGGGGCUUGUCAUCUGGGCAGGCAAAACAUCAUGAUGCUGUCGAGGCAGAGAAAAGUGUCUCAAGAUCAGAACACCUCAAGAAACAACAGCUGAGACCCACGAGGAAGAAACCUCACUGCUGCUCUGACUGUGGAAAGAGUUACACCUCUAAAGUAAACCUUAGAGGACACCAGAGAAUUCAUACUGGAGAGAAACCUCACUGCUGCGCCCAGUGUGGAGCUAGCCUCUCCUCUGCCAGUGCACUGGAAGGACACAUGCGGAUUCACACUGGACAAAAACCGUACCAGUGCUCAGAAUGUGGGCAGAGAUUUACAUACUCCAGUGGUUUACGGGUACAUGAGAGAAUAAAACACACCGGCGAAAAACCACACUGUUGCUCUGACUGCGGGAAGAGAUUUGCUACAUCACAAAGCUUAAAAGCUCACUGGCGGAUUCACACUGGAGAGAGACCGUUCCACUGCUCUGAGUGUGGGAAGAGUUUCACAGAAGCCUCGGCACUGUCUGAACACAAACGAAUACACACAGGAGAAAAGCCUCACCACUGUGAGCAGUGCGGAGGAAGCUUUUCCUCCGCUAAGUUACUCAGAAUACAUCAUAGGAUUCACACAGGGGAGAAACCUUACCAUUGUGCUGACUGUGGGAAAAGCUUCAGACUGAUUUGUACUUUAAGAUGUCACCAGCUAAGACAUACUGGAGAGAAGCCCCACCAAUGUACUGAGUGCGGGAAAAGGUUUGCUGUUAAGACUGGACUCUUGCGACAUAACAUAGUGCACACUGGAGAGAAAGGAUACCAAUGCCCACAGUGUGGCAAGAAGCUAGGAUCAUCUCAUUCUCUAGAGCAGCAUAAGCGAACGCACACUGGACAGAAACCCUUCCACUGUUCCCACUGUAAGUUAAGCUUUGCCACUAAUUCAGCCCUGUACAAACACCAGAGAAUUCACACAGGCGAGAAGCCACACAGCUGCAAUGUUUGCCAGAGGAGUUUUGGACGGUCGGAUCACCUGAAAAUUCACAUGCAAAUUCACACAGGAGAAAAGCCCUACCACUGCUCUAAGUGCGAGCUGAGUUUCACUAACAACAGAUCUCUGAAAGAACAUGAGGUCAGACACACAGAAGAUAAACCUCACUGCUGCUCCCAGUGCGGUGCUGGUCUCUCCUCUGCCAGGGCACUGGAAGAACACAUGCGGAUUCACACUGGAGAGAAACCAUACGAGUGCUCUGAAUGUGGGCAGAAGUUUGCACAUAGAACCAGUCUUGGGACACACCGAAGAAUACACACAGGAGCAAAACCCUAUCAGUGCUCUGACUGCAAGAAGAGCUUUUCAAGACGUGAUUCUUUAAAUAGUCACAAGUUCACACAUUCAGAGAAGAAGAUGUACCAUUGCUCUCAGUGUGAGUCGAGCUGCACAACGCCAGGUGCAUUGAAGAAACACCAGCUUAUUCACACUGGAGAGAAGCCUUACCACUGCUCUCACUGUGACAAGAGCUUCCUUUGGCAACAGUCUCUCAAAGGACACGAGCGUAGUCACAAGGGAGAGAAACCGUUCUCUUGCUCAGACUGCGGGAACAACUUUUCCACAAUGGCAACCUUGCGAAUUCACCAGCGAAGACACACAGGAGAGAGGCCAUACCAAUGCCCUUUCCCUGACUGUGGGAAGAGUUUUGCCCAGGCCUUUGCUUUUAAAGUCCACAAGAGAAGGCACACAGGAAAGAAGCCGCACCUCUGUGAUCAGUGUGGGAAGAGUUUUGUCACGUCGGGUGACUUUCAAUCUCACCAGCAAACUCACUCCAAAUAGAAGCCUUACUGCUGCACAGCCUGUGGACUUAGUUUUUCAAGAUCUGAUUCCUUAAAGAUUCACCAGAGAGUCCACACAGGAGGGAGGCCGUACAGCUGCUAAGAGUGUGACAAGAGUUACACCUUGAAGGGUCACCUUACUAGACACCAGCUGACACACAGAGAAACCUCACCACUGCUCUGACUGUGGGAGUUUUAUUCUCUCAGGCAACCUAUAAAAUAAACACCCGAGAGAAACCUUACCACUGCUCUGACUGUGGGGAAAUGCUUUACCACUGUUUUUCUAAUAUGUAAAAAAAAAAAAAAAAAAAACUAUUUUUUUUUAUACAAUUAUAAAACGUAUAUUAGAAAAAAUAUAUAUUUACCAGAUUUAGUUUGUUAUUAAUAGUUUGAUUAUAUACUUAACUAAUAGUAAGAAAUGUAUGUUAUUUUUAAAUAUCUGUGUGAACUGAGAGGAGCCUAAAAUCCAAUAGAUAAGUUGUGGUUAGAUGUAACCCAGAUGAGGAGAACCUGGAGGAGUAGAACAAACCCCCCCCCCCCCCCCCCCCCCCCCAGUGCAGAUGACCACAGGAUAAACCCAAAGUGGCUUAUGGUGACCCAAUCUGCAGGGGAGGGGUGGAAAAAGCAUUUGCCUGGAAAGUUUUGGCUGCUCUGCCCAACAGUCAAGAGUGUUGGGCUUGAACUAGUCUUUCAUUAUUGCAAUAAUUAAUCAAUAUUAAAUAAAGAUGAUUGUUUGAAGAAAUGACUUCAAUCUCUCUCGGUAUGAAUGUCCAUUUACAUUUUUUUGGGGUGACGAGGAGGAAACUUCACACCUGUUGACCGCUCCUGAAGAUCUGGGUAAACUGUGCCCAGGGAAUCAGAAAGUGGGAUCUCAGGGAAAACCAUACUCAUUAUUGAGCAGUUGCCUGAGAUCUGAGAGGUAGCGUGCGCGGGUGGAUGCCAGAUCUCCGACACGGUCCAAGCCUACCUCAGUUACUAUCUGUCCGAUAAGUGAUGAAAUUAUAAAAAAAAGAAAUGCCCCUGUUGAGGUUACGCUCAGAGCGAGGUCUUCCUUCAGAGGGCCACAGCUGACGUAAACUAGCAGGACUCCAUUGAUAAGUGUUCUUAAAUGUGGUAUCCUUGGGCAUGAUUGUUAAUUAGCCUAAGUCCAGAUCCGUGGUACUGAGUUGAUCACAGUAGGACUGGUGAGGUUCAUGUGGAGUCAAGGACUAGUGUGUGUGGGUGAUCUUGCGAGAGAGAGAGAGAGAGAACUCGGCUUGGUGAAGUUCAAAUUAUAAUGUGUAAUGUUUUGAUCAAAUGUUUGAUAAAUGAGGUAAUAGGUUACUAUUGUUUAGGUGUUAUUCCCUGUGUUUGUGAUAUGUGAGUUGUGUGAGGUUGGAAAUACGCGUUCAUCUGAAGUUUGUGAUAAAGUAUAGAAAUGUGUAUAAUUAGACUAAAAUAAAUAAAACAUGUGUUUUAAGUUUC